UUUUUUUUUUUUUGUCUUGUCGCUGCGCGCAUGGACUUCAAUCGGAGGCCUGUUCUCUCUCAGGCUCUCCCUCGCCAGCACACAUUCUCUCCCCCUCUCUCUGUCUCUCUCUCCCUUGCGCUUUCUGUCUAUAUUUCUGAACCAGUUAUUCAUCCGCUCUGAGUGAGUCAGGGAGGGUGGGGACUCGGAGGGCAGCAGUACCAGUCACACUGUCAGUUUGACUCUCUCUCUCUCUCUCUCUCUCUCUCUCUCGCUCGCUCUCACUCCCUCUCUCCCCCCUCUCCCGGUCUUUCUCCUUCUCCGCCUUUUUUCCCUGGCCCGGCCCGGCCCUUCCCUCUUUCCCUGUUGGGCUCUUUUUCUCUCAGCAGUGAGCAGGAGGCUAGGCUCUUCCCGCUGGCAUCCGGCGACCCGGCACUGAGGAGAAGGAGGAGAGAACGGCAGCAGAGAUUUGGGUAGGAUUCCGAAAGGCAGGAAAUACCAGACAACAUGAUGCGCGAAGUGGGAACCAAAGCCAUGGAAUUCUACGAGUACCUCCUGAACGGAAGGGAUGUCCGGAUAAAGGAUUACCCUUUGAUGCAUGGUCCUGGUACAAUGUCGGCCAUCUUGUUGACCUACAUAAUUUUUGUUCUGUACGCGGGACCCCGACUCAUGGCCAGUCGUAAACCCUUCCAGCUGAAGGGCCCAAUGAUCUUUUACAACUUCGCCAUGGUGGCCUUGUCCAUUUUCAUUGUUUAUGAGUUCCUGAUGUCCGGGUGGCUCACCAGCUACAACUGGCGAUGUGAUCCUGUUGACGAAUCAGACAGCCCAGAGGCGCUCAGAAUGGUUCGAGUAGCCUGGUUGUUCCUCUUUUCAAAAUACAUUGAACUCAUGGACACGGUUUUCUUUGUCCUGCGUAAAAAGCACAGCCAAGUCACAUUCCUGCACAUCUUCCACCAUUCCUUCAUGCCCUGGACCUGGUGGUGGGGAGUCUCCUACACACCCGGUGGAAUGGGGUCCUUCCACGCCAUGGUCAACUCCGUGGUCCACAUCAUCAUGUACUUCUACUACGGGCUCUCUGCCGCUGGCCCCCGCUUCCAGAAGUACCUCUGGUGGAAGAAAUACAUGACGGCCAUUCAGCUGGUCCAGUUUGUGCUGGUGUCCCUCCACGCCACCCAGUACUACUUCAUGGAGUCGUGCAGCUUCCAGGUCCCCCUGUUCCUCCACCUCAUCUGGAUCUACGGUACCUUCUUCUUCAUACUCUUCUCCAACUUCUGGUACCAGGCCUACACGAAGGGCAAGCGGCUACCCAAGGCGGUGGAGAAGGGGAGGCAGAACGGCACGGCCAGCGGCUCCACCCCGGUGGCCAACGGCAAGCACCAGGAGAACGGGUCUGCCCACCACGAGAACGGCAGCGCCCACAACGGGAAAGUGAAGAAAGCCUAAUUCCACAGGAAACGAACACACAAAACGUAUCAAAGAGAACCUCCGCGAAACACCACGGAAUCCAAAGUAUGUUUCGUUUUUUUUUUUUGUUUCUUUUUUUCCCGGUUGAAAAAAUGUUCGUAUGCACAAAACAUGGGGAGAUGAAAUUGUCAUUGGUUUCAGCAGUUGGUUUCCCCCUCUGCUUUUGUAAUGGGGAAUUUGAACUGUGGAGCACAAUGUAUGAAGAGAAGACAUCAACUGAAGUAAUCUUCACUGAUGGUGCCAUUGAACCCAGGGUCAAAACUGCCUGUGUUAGCUCCCCUUCGUCCCUUACCCCUUCGCCCUCCCUCCCCAGAGCCCCACAUAACCUCUUAGGCAGGCAUGACUCCCCCCUGUGGACAGAGAUAAGCUUGACGUACUUGAACACAUUUGUAAAUAAGGUUUUCACUUGUCAGAACCGUUGGGACGGGUGUGGUUGAGACGGCCUAGAUUUUCCUACUGUAUGUAAGUUAAUUAAAUUAAAUGCAACUACAUUGAAAUAAAAAAGACAUUUUAAAAUAAGUGACUGGGUCUUGCACAUUUUUUAAAGCAUCAAUGUUCUGCCAUUUUGGAUAGAGCUUUGGUCAAAGUUAUGUGUAACAACCACCCAAGUUGCUUUUUGAUAUUUCACCAAAUUGUGUUAUUUCCGAAAAUAUGUUGAAUAUAUUUAAUUUUUCUUAUAUAUACACAUUUUCUUCCCAAUACUUGGUUUUUGAAUAUAAAACAGUAUAUGUGCCCAAAAAGAUCUAUCACAGGCAGUUUUGAUCCCCAUCUGGAUACACUGUAGGGUCCAAUAUAUCAAUAUAAAAGUAAUUUUUCUGCUAACAUCUUUUAAUAAAAAUGGUAUGUCAUGAAAAAUGACAUAGGAAAUGUUGGAAAAAUAAUUGCACUUCGCAUGUUGGUCCAUCACCUUUCAAUAAUACCAUAUAUAAGGUUAUUUUAAAAAUGAUAGAAAUAAGAUGUCAUUUCAGGUCCAGAAAAUGCAAAUGCCUACUUACUUAUUCACUGAAACUGAAAUCAAUACUUGUGUGUUUUUAUUUUUCAUAAUUUGUUUAGAUCAAGGGUUAGAAUUCCAGUCAGUGAAAGUGUCCAUUUUGAUUUUAUCCACUAUUAAAAAUUUUGUGGUCUCUCA